CAGCAAAAUAACAAGGAUAACAAGGACGGGGUAUACGCGGCUGAAGGACAGACGAGGAUGGAUGAAGUUGAGGUCCUGGAAGGAGCAGAUCUUCGACAGCUGGAGUCGUACCUGAGAGUCCAGGAUGAGGGGCGCACUCUAGGCAACCUGUACAGGAUCGUCACUGAGGAAGGACACGUCAAAUGGGUGUGCAUCGAUCAUUACCGUGAGAACUAUCGAUAGUCGGCAGUGCAGCAGUUGAGAGAUGUAAUGGAAGUCAACUCUGGGGGUUUCGAUGAAGAGCAGGGCUGGAUUGUGAUCAGUCUGAGAUCUCCCACAGGGGCAAAGCAAUUCUACGAGACGCUGGUCAAAGCACGAAGGGUUCAUGAACUGACAGUAAGGCUACAGUGGGAUACGACACUGGACGACCAUCGGAAAUUCCGCUCCGCUAUCACGAAUACAAACAUAGCUUGUAUGGCAAUGAGCACGCUCAAUAGUAAAGGACCAGCAUUGGAUUUUAUCAACCGCUAUCGACGCUUUGAUCCGAUCAUGGAGCUCCUGUCGGACAGGCGACUCCAAGCUGUCACACUAGAAGGAUCUGAAAACUUCUUCUCCCAGAUCAGCAGUUCCUCCAUCAGGCCCGCUCCUCAACUUCGAACUCUGUCUAUGCAUCCUAUUCACCUCGAGGACGCCGCGUCGCAGGCAGCAUUCGCCAGACUUCUUCAGAGCUGUCCCAAUUUAACAAGGCUGCAGCUUGGAACAAGGGAGCCGGGUACCACCUUCGAUAUAGUUAUGCAUAAUGUCGAGCAUUUGUCAAACCUCAAAGUACUGGAACUCUUCCGUUGGGGAUCUCCAAAGGACCAUAUCAUCAUCGAUCUUCUCAAGGGCAACGUUCAGGGCGCAUGGGUCGAAUUAAGUGACGCUUGGCUUUAUGAACCAUCGUAUAUGCAGUUUUUACGGAAAGGUCUACUCACUCAACUGACGAUUACGAAUACCGUUAUUGAUCAAGCGAUGGAAUUACUUCCAGAUCUCCUAUACAGAAAUCCAAGGCUCUUGGAACUCAAGCUCAGUAGCCGAUCCACGCGAUUUCUUGAGAUGCUCGACCUGAUUAUAUCGGGGAGAAAGCGAGGGAGGGCGAAGGGAUACAUUUACGCAUCAUUGCGAUUCGACUUUGCAACCCAUUCCUACGACACAUACGAUGAUCGCAUCAUCUCCGUUGUACACCUCUCGGACUCCGAUGUACUCGACAUGUCUACCGACAUCAGACUGAGGUCUGGAUCGUGACCUGAUCAGGACUAUUUUUCCUCGCUGGUGUACCGAUACGGAUGGUCCAUUAAGAU